AUGUCCGACCUCACUCUCAAAGUCAUUAUCGACUCUGAGGAGCAAAUCGAAUUCUUGAAGAGACAAGGCUACAACCUCUUCCUUGCGAGGCUGGUUAGUGGCCGAGACAAGGCCAACGUGAUUUGGAAGAGUCAUCCAGAUUUCACUUAUGCGAACAGGUUCCGAUGGAAACCGGUCUACGCUAUCUCUGGGUCAGUAUCUGUGGGGGUACGCACCCUCGUCGAAGGCUCCACGAAGGUGAAACCCAUCGAGCCCGGCCAGUCGAUCGAGAUCAACGAGUGGGGUAACAUGACCAACCCCGAUGGCUCUGCUGUUCCAGGCAAGGCGUUCAAGCUCACCAACAAAGACCCCAAUACCAAUUUUUCCGCAGUCGUUUACACCGUGGACCCGGCCACGCCAGACGGUACACCUCUCACCCCCUUCUACAUCAGCGGGCUUCUUCCAAGAACCUUCCCCGUCGAGAUCACGCCGAUCGACAACAUCGUGGUGGUUUGGUUUGGACAGGCUCAGGAAACCGGCACGAUCAUUGCAGACUAUUCCGGCCCCCAUUUUACGGUUGUUUAUGACAAGGAACAAACCAAACACACUGUUCAGUGGACGAAAGAGGAGGGUUGGCAGCUGGUCGAUGAUCUGAAAAACAUCAAGGAGACAUCUCAAUCGGGAGACGUCAGAAGAAUAGCUCCUUCAAACAUAUUUACACUUCAGAGCGUCCCGCAGGAGUGAGCAAUAACAAUACUCAACAGCCUAACCCUACUCAUAAUCCCAAUGUUCAUAUAGACAAAAGCUGAUAGUAAGCGCCACCUCGCUAUAAAGUCGCCAUACUGUACAAACUCACACCUGCUCACAAGGCAUUAAAAGUGCUGUCGAAUUGUGCCGAAGGGCUUGAGCCUUCUUCUGGUUACCUCCAGUGGGAAGGCGAACAGGUGGGAUCCUGUGAGUUUCUAAAAGAUGUAUGCGAAGUGGACUGAUUAGUUCGUGCGGAAAGUCGGAGAAAAAAAAAACUGUUCGACGUACCAUGCUGAUGUCAAAGACCUGUGAUGGCACAACCUCCCACAGACUUAUCUUUCGAAUUGUGAAGGCGUUCUACCCAUAUUUAUGUUUCGCGGACUGUUUAGCGGCAUUGUUCAGGAUGCGAACGCUAAAGCUGGCGACACCGGACGAGCGCGACGAGGACGCAUGUGUCCGAAUGCAUGACAGCGGUAAUGGAUGUCGCGGUGGGUGGUAACUUGCGACGUUGGCUCUCGAGGGAUAGCUUCUCCUGACGUGCUUUGUUCCAUUGAUCAUUUGCCUUCUUCACCGCCCUUUCAUCAU